UCUUAUUUAUCUUUAUUUUCGUAUUGCAAUUAAAUAAAACUGAUGUAAUAAAUUUGUGUCACCACGAUAAUUCCUAUUUUGCGCGGGAACGACGACUUUGACUGUAGCUUGAAACAGUUUGAAAAUCCGUACCGUAAAUCGUAAACUGAUCAUAUUCGAGAACAUUUAAAAAAGCUUUUCAUACAAUUUAUGGAUAUAAACAUUGCUUACAACCCUUACAACGCGUUAUAAAAGUACUAAACAUGUAUCGUAAACCGAGCACCAGUUUUAAGCAGAGUGUGAAAAGCGCAGAGCAAACUUUUGUCAGGAAUACUUCGACAAUUCUCAAUUUAUUUAAGAAACCUGUUAAAGAUUCUAAUGAAGCAGUACAGACAGAGAAUGUUCCAAAUAUCAAAGAUGAAAACAAUAUUGCUUCUGUUAAAAAUUCACCCAUUAUUGGUAAUAAUAAAGUUACUUUUAAUGUAGUAAUAGGCAAAAGAUCUAAUAGGAAACAUAAGAUAUGGGAGGAUGAUGGAACAUUAGAAGUCAUAGGGAAACAAGCAGUUUUGAAAGAUGCAGAAGGUAAUGUUAUCCAGAGAACCACAGUUAAUCCAGAAACUCUUGAAGAGGGAUUUAGAAUGUGCAUAAGCAAUAAAGAAAUUGAGAUAAUUGAUAGAGUAACAUCUGAAUGUCUGCCUACUAAAUCUGAACAAGAAAAAAUUAUAGAACCACCCCCAAAAAAGUUAAAAACGUCCAAUUCUAAAUCUAGUCUUCCAUUAGCAUCUUUGCAUAAAGAUUUAAAAUUGGGACAUGAGUCAUUGAUAAUGCCUUCCAUAAGUGAAUCGAAAGAGUGGACCGAGGAUGCUGUAUCAGAAAAUGAAAUAGAAGUAUCUGUAGAUGCUUGUUUGGCAAAUAUACUUAGACCACACCAGCGUUAUGGUGUUAUAUUUUUAUAUGAAUGUAUUAUGGGAAUGAAAGUACCCAAUUAUUUUGGAGCGAUUUUGGCUGAUGAUAUGGGUCUUGGAAAAACAUUACAGUGCAUCACAGUCAUUUGGACUCUGCUAAAAAAGGGACCAUAUAGACGUCCAAUAUUGAAGAAUGCAUUGAUAGUAACUCCUAGUAGUCUUUGUAACAAUUGGAAUAAAGAGUUUAAGAACUGGUUGGGUUUUCAUAGAAUAUGUCCAUAUGUAGUGGACGGGAAAAAUAAACCAAAUGCUUUUAAAAAGCAAAUAAGAAAUUCAGUUAUGAUCAUUAGCUAUGACAUGCUUAUCAGAUGUGAAGAAGAAAUCGGGCAAAUCAAUUUUGAUUUGAUUGUAUGUGAUGAAGGCCAUAGAUUAAAAAACAGUAAUAUAAAAGCAGCGAAGAUUUUGACUAGCUUUAAUUGUAAAAGAAAAAUUCUUCUGACUGGAACUCCCAUACAAAACGAUUUACAAGAAUUUUUCACUUUGGUUGAUUUUGUAAAUUCUGGUAUACUGGGCAAAUAUUCUGAAUUCAAAAGUUAUUACGAAAAUUCUAUUGUAUCGUCACAGUGUCCCAACGCAACGUCUCAAGUUGUAUCCCUUGGGCGUGAAAGAGCUAAUGAAUUGCAAGAGAAAACGAAAUGUUUUAUAUUAAGGCGCACACAAGAAACAAUCAAUAAAUAUUUGCCUUCUAAACAUGAAUUAAUCAUAUUCUGUCGUUUGUCAGACGAGCAGAAAGACUUAUAUUCCCAAGUCACGGACUCUUGGUUCGUCAAAAGUUCAUCUGAUAAUAGUAUACCGCAUUUAACAGUAAUAACAGCUCUUAAAAAAAUUUGUAAUCAUCCCGAAUUAUUUUACAACGACAAGAAUGAACUUCUUAGUGAUUUGAAGAGAGAUAAAAUUUCUGAUGCAAGACGUAUCACAAUGAAAGACUAUUGUGGGAAAGUUUCGAUUGUACGAACAAUAUUGAGAAACUUAAAAAAUACAAAUGAGAAACUAGUAUUAAUUUCAUAUUAUACACAAACAUUGGACUUAUUAGAAAAUGUUUGCAAUAUGGAAAGUUUAGAAUUUCUUAGAUUGGACGGUAGUACAACCAGUAACGCAAGACUGCAGAUUGUAGAACGAUUUAAUUCACGGACCGAUAGCAGCAAAGUAUUUUUAUUAAGCGCGAAGGCUGGCGGUGUUGGACUGAAUUUACCCGGUGCGUCCAGGCUUAUAUUAUUUGAUUCCGACUGGAAUCCAGCGUCUGAUUCGCAAGCUAUGGCAAGAAUUUGGAGGGAUGGCCAAAAGAAGGAUGUUCAUAUAAUACGAUUACUGACAACAGGUACUAUCGAGGAAAAAAUUUUUCAAAGGCAAAUUAGCAAAGCAGGCUUAAGCGAGACUAUAAUAGACUCAAAGUCUUUUGCUUCACUUAAAUUGUCCAUGAGUGAAUUAAAGGAUUUAUUUACGUUAACGACGGAUACGAAUUCUUCAACACACGAUUUAAUGAAGUGUUCUUGUAAUGGGUACACAGAGAUGGAUGAAUCUUUGGAAGAACCACAGCAAAAAAAUGAUAGAGAGUAUCAGCUCCUCUUAAAAGAUGAAGAAUCAAAAUCAAAUCUGACUAUAAAUCAGCUUUUGAAAUGGGAACAUUAUCAGCAGCCGAUUCCCGAUAAAAUAAUUCAAGAAAUUAUGUUAUCAGAAAUAUCUGAUAAUAUAACUUUUAUAUUGAAACAUUCUAUAUUAAAAAAGAUGGAUUAAAUCUGUAACAAAAUAUUUAU